AUGGCUUUCGCCAAGCUGUCCCUGUCGCUGCUCGCGCUGGCGGGCAGCGUCCUCGCCGCCGACCUGGAUCCCAUCGAGAUGAAGGGAUCCAAAUUCUUCUACAAGAAUGGCACCCAGUUCUUCAUGAAGGGCGUCGCCUACCAGCAGGACACGGGUGCCGCCGGUGCAACGAGCGAGCAGACGUCCAAAUACGUCGACCCCCUCGCCGACGAGGACAAGUGCAAGCGCGACGUCCCUCUCCUUGUUGAGCUUGGCACCAACACCAUCCGAACCUACGCCAUCAACCCCGAGUCGGACCACUCGGCCUGCAUGAAGCUGCUCCAGGACGCCGGCAUCUACGUCAUUUCCGACCUCGGCGAGCCCAGCCUGUCCAUUAACCGCGACAAUCCCCAGUGGAAUACGGAGCUCUACACGCGCUACACCAAGGUUGUCGACGAGCUCGGCAAGUACUCCAACGUCAUUGGCUUCUUUGCCGGCAACGAGGUCAGCAACAACAAGACCAACACGGACGCCUCGGCCUUUGUCAAGGCCGCCGUCCGCGACACAAAGGCCUACAUCAAGAACAGGAAGAAUUCUCGCUGGAUGGGCGUCGGCUAUGCCGCCAACGACGAUGUCGACAUUCGCAAAGACAUUGCCGACUACUUCAACUGCGGCAAGCCGGAGGAUGCCAUUGACUUUUGGGGCUACAACAUUUACUCGUGGUGCGGUAAAAGCGACAUGGAAAAGUCUGGUUACUCUAAGCAGGCCAAGUUUUUCGAAAACUACUCGGUCCCCGUCUUCUUUGCCGAGUACGGCUGCAACCUGCCCAACGGUGCCUCUGGCCGCAUCUUUCAGGAGACUGGCGCGCUGUAUGAGGACGAGAUGACCAAAGUUUUCUCCGGCGGCAUUGUCUACAUGUACUUUCAAGAGGACAAUGAUUACGGUCUCGUCAAGGUCAGCGGCGACAAGGCCACCAAGCAAAAGGACUUUGAAGCGCUCAAGAAGCAGGCGACGUCGGCCUCUCCUCGGGGCGUUGAGCGCGACUCGUACAACCCGACCAGCAAGCCCCAGGAAUGCCCCGACGCUAAGUCUGAGAGUUGGAAGGCCAACUCUGCCCUGCCGCCCACGCCCGACCAGUCUCUGUGCGACUGCAUGUCCAAGUCGCGCACGUGCGUGCAGAAGAAGGGCAUCACGGCCAAGGACUACGGCUCCAUUUUUGGCUUCAUCUGCGGCGAGGCGCCCGAGAUUUGCAAGGGCAUCCAGGGCAACGCAUUGACGGGCAUCUAUGGUGCCUACAGCAUGUGUUCGGACAGCGCCAAGCUCGACUACGUCCUCGAUGCCUACUACGUCAAGAUGAAGAAGGCGCCCGACUCGUGCGACUUCAAUGGCAAGGCUGGCCCCCAGAGCGGCUCCGUGCAGUCCUCUUGCAGCGACAAACUGGCCAAGGCGAGCGAUAUUAACAGGCAGGUCGCCACGGCCACGGCUCCUGUCGGCGGUGGUGCUGCCUCGGCCACGGUUGACAGCUUUGCCCCCCCCGGCGCCCCCAUGGCCCGCCUCCUCAACGUCGGCGACUACGCCAUGGGGCUCUACAUGGCGGUUGCGCUCGUCGUGGGUGCUGGAAUGGUUGCCCUGUAG